CUCUUUUUCGUCGUCGCUGGUGCAGCAGCAGCAGCAGCAACAGAAGCAGAAGUCGAGUCGUUCAUGUUGGAGUUACAUUGACCCAACAGCGGACGAAGGAGACAGCAGAGGAGCGCAACGAUAAUCACUGGGUUUUUGGCCAAUUCGUUUGACAAUUGAGGAAGUGAGCCGCACACCUUUAAAUGAAGAAACAUGGGGAAUGGCAUGAACAAGGUCUUGCCGGGACUGUAUGUGGGCAAUUACCGAGACUCCAAGGAUCAUGCGCAGCUGGAGAGGUUCCAGAUAUCGCACAUCGUCGCCAUACAUGACAGUCCCAGACGUCUCUUGCCGGACAAACACUACCUAUGUGUCAUGGCCUCGGACACGCCGGACCAGAACCUCUCCCAGUACUUCUCCGUCUGCAAUGAUUUUAUCCACGCCGCCCGGCUGCGGGAGGGCAACGUGCUCAUCCACUGCCUGGCGGGUAUGUCGCGCUCAGUGACUGUGGCCGUGGCCUACAUAAUGACGGCCACGCACCUCAACUGGAAGGAGGCGUUGAAGGUGGUGCGCGCGGGUCGCGCUGUAGCCAAUCCGAACACCGGUUUCCAGAACCAGCUGCUGGAGUUUGAGCAGUUCAAGCUGUCUGAGGAGCGGCGCCGGCUGAGGGAACGAUUCCCGUCCACAGCCUUGGAGCAGCUGGACCGACUGAAGGUGGCCACGGCCCUGAACAACUAUAAGGAGCUUCUACAGAACCGGGAUAUCUGCGAGGGCAACUGUUCCCGCGGCGAGAAGUGUCCCACAGGCGUCUGCAACAUGGAUCCCACCAAGGGAUUGUUUCGGCGCCGUCCCUCGACGGCCUCGACGAACUCGCGAUUCCGUGCCCAAUCCUCCAACGCCAACACCAGCGCCUCGUCCAGCAUGCUCAGUGUAAGUGCCGGAGUUGCCGCCCAGUCCUGCCCCACAUCACCCAAACACUCGCCCCUGCCGCUGCCCCGCCGGUCGGUGGGCAACGAGCGCACCACCAUACCCGAGGACGAUAUUCCGCUCGACCAGCCGCCCACCACCUCCAGCGAGGCGGCCCAGUACGCCGCCGCCUUCGAGGACGCCCGCCGAGAGCAGGAGCAGCGCUCCCAGCAGCCUUGCAAGAGCCAAUGUGCACCGCGGGCAGGAAGCUCCACGAGCGGAGCUCCGCGGGUGAACAGUGCCGGCAGUCGGAGGGAGUCCAAGAGCAGGGAUAGCGACGGAGGCUCAGCCCAGCUCCAGCGCAGUGCCAGCACUGUGAGCGGCUUUGGCGUGCGUCCGCGGAGCAGUCCGGCAGGUCUGCAUGCCUACACGGGUUCGGUUCCCUCCUCUGUCCACGGGUCACGCGUGGAUCUGCGAGAUCCUGACAAGGGAUCCGCCAUUUAUCUGGGCUGUUCCGCACCGCGUGCCUCCACUAUGUCAAUAGCAUCGUCGCGGGGCUCGUCGGGUGGCUCGGCGCCUCCUUCGCCUUGCAACACACCUCCGCCCAGUCCACGUCACGGGGUUAAGAGAUCCACUAGUCUGGUGAAAAAGCCGAGAUGAAGGCCAGGCCAGAGGGGAUUGUACUUGAAGCGAACUACACCUGCACCCACUGUAUCCCUACUGGAACUACUUAGUCUUUAAUCCGUAACCCGUAUUGCCUAGGCAUAACCGGCAUGGCAUCCAUUGGUACACGCGCGCGAGACCUGCAGAAUUAUUUCGAGAUUAUGGAGGGUUCCGUGGAUGUUGGGAGCUACUCUCGGGCUUACUGUUACUGUUAGACGCCAAGGCUGUGGCAUCCUACGUUGCUGGCUUUGGUUGCUGGGCCUCGGCUCUGGGAGCAGCUUCAAUCAAAAUCAGAUGUUGAGUUGAGAGAUUAUUUUUCAGAGACGCAUUUAAACAGUACCGACAUAUACAUAUACACACAUAUUUACUGUAUAUUAUAGAGCGUACGUACUCGUAUGUACAUAUUUAUACGAGAAGUUUUGUUGUCGGUUCAAGGUCUCAAGGCCUGACCGACCACCCCCUAGGCCCAGGAUCAGGUCCAGGCCCAGCCCCAGCCUCUGGCAGUGCGGGCAUUUGUUAGUUUUGUACCAAGCAAGCGAGGCAAUAAUUAAGAAUUGUACAAUUGCGUAUUUUGGAUUAGAUUCAUUGUUGAAAAUAUUUUGAUAGCAAA